UGCGGCCCGCGGCGCAUGCGCAAAGUCUCCCAAAGAAGAUUCCGGAAAGAAGCGGUGGAAAGGGAGUGCGCAGCAACCGGCGCCGGAGCGGUCUCUUUGCUUUCUCAACAGUUCCCAUCAGCAUUACUUGCUGAGACAUCAUGUUGGCAGCAAGGUUCACUUGCCUGAGGCCUGUUCUCACCCAAGGAGGUCCAGCAUGGAGGAGCUAUAACCUGAAAAGUACACAGUGGCUUCUGCAGCCCAAACAAAAUUAUGCCACCAAGUCGCGUGUUAAUGUACGACGGACUAAAACAAUGCGUGAAAAGAUGAAGGAAGCAGUGUUGAGCCCUGCACUGGAAACUGCAGCAAGAUUCGACUUGACAGGAAGAUUGUUUGUGGCUGGAGGAGCAGCUGUGGGUCUUGGAGCACUUUGUUACUAUGGACUGGGUAUGUCCAACGAGAUUGGAGCCAUUGAGAAAGCUGUUAUUUGGCCACAAUAUGUGAAGGACAGGAUCCGUUCCACAUACAUGUACUUUUCAGGAGGUAUAGGACUCACAGCUCUGUCAGCUGUAGCGAUCAGCAGAUCACCAGCAAUCAUGAAUCUCAUGAUGAAGAAUUCUUUUCUGGCAUUAGGAGCAUCAUUUGCAGCGAUGAUAGGAGCAGGUGUUUUGGUGAGAUCUAUACCCUAUGAGGAAGGGCUGAAUUCUAAACACUUAGCCUGGGUACUGCAUUCGGGUGUGAUGGGAGCUAUGGUUGCUCCAAUGGUCCUCCUUGGUGGCCCCAUCCUAAUGAAAGCUGCCUGGUACACAGUAGGGAUUGUGGGUGGUCUCUCCACUGUGGCUAUGUGUGCCCCCAGUGAAAAGUUCCUGCACAUUGGUGGACCAUUGGCUGUUGGUCUGGGAUUGGUUUUUGCUUCCUCUAUAGGCUCUGUAUUCCUGCCUCCUAGCUCUGCGUUUGGUGCUGGUCUGUAUUCUGUGGCUGUCUAUGGAGGCCUGGUUCUUUUUGGCAUGUUCCUGUUGUAUGAUACCCAAAAGGUGAUCAAACGAGCAGAGAUGUACCCAGUGUAUGGUGUUCGGAAAUUUGAUCCUAUUAAUGCAUGUAUGGGGAUUUAUAUGGAUACAUUAAAUAUCUUCAUUCGAGUAGCAGCUAUUCUGUCAAACAGUGGCACUGGCAGGAAGAAGUGAUGAAAAGAAGACUGCUUGAUUGGAGAGUAGAUUCACAAAAUCCUGAGUUCAAAGUGGAUAAGUUGCCGAAUCAUCACUGGGUUGUACCGGCUAAUCAGUGCCAAGCAUAAAUCCUCUGCUGAAACAAGUCGCAUUAAAGGGACAAUGGCUUAACACAGUGAUCUUUUUUUUUGCACCUCCUUUGUUUUCUGUGAAAAAUAAAAUCACAGUCAUAAUUGGG